GACACGAUUUAGUUUACGGAAGUUUCUAUCAGGUGGCUUUAUACAUCCAUUGUGGCUGCACUUUGAGGCUUAAAUGACAUUCGCUGACUGCAGUUGUUAUAAUUAAAGAGCUUUAUUGUUAGAAAACACUGUUUGCAAUAGUUUGAACAGUGUGCUGCCGCCUUCUGUAGGUUCUACGGUCUACCUUACUGUGCUGAGAGAGUUAAGUACUAGCUAGCUGAGCAGAAUGACCAGCGAUAACAACAUGGCACAAGUUCCUCCUCCCGGAUCAGUCGUAGUAGCUGACUGGCAUCGAUGCAAAGACAGCAAAGAAUAUUUCAGCAAAAUUCUACACAAGAAAAGACGCAAAAACUUCGGUCUGUUGGAGUCUCCUGUGAUGCCCCCACAUGUAGCUGUGGACACAGUUCAUUAUAAGAUCUUCAUCUCUGGCAAGAGUGGGGUCGGGAAAACUGCUCUUGCUGCACGUCUUGCAGGCAGGAAUAUUCCUCACAUACACUAUGAAACCACAGGUAUUGAGACGACAGUGGUGUAUUGGCCAGUGAAGCUGACAGAAGGCGGCAGGGUGCUUUUCUUCCGUCUGCAGCUGUGGGACUGUGGAGAGAAUGCAUUGCGUAGAUUUGACCAUUUGCUCCCAUCCUGUAAGGAGCAAGUGGACGCUGUCCUGUUCCUGUUCUCUUUCACCGACAGGACAUCCUUUGAUGAUCUGUCCAGUCAAGUCACCAAAUGGAGCGGGACAUCUGUGGGUCGAGUUGUGAAAUUGGUUGUUGGCACCAAAUUUGACCUUUUCAUGCACUGUGAUGUGGCAGAGAGAGACGUGAGGGACUUCCAGGAGAUGUGGAGCUUGCCGGUGCUGCGUAUGGGCGGGGAGGUCAGUGAUGGGCUUGGUGACGUAGCUCCCCUUCUUAACUGCCUGGCAGAGAACCUGUGGCAUCAGGACUGUGUUACGGCCGGAUCCGCCCGCCCCCAUUCACAGCAGGAGACAGUGACUCUACUUUAAUACAUGAACAUGAUUAAGAGGUAGUUGAGGUGAACAUGACUCCAGGUAAGGUCAGUCCCUGGGUGUCUGCCUGUGAGGGAUUGUAGUUAGUAGCUGAUCUGGGAGAGCUUCAGAUUCCUGCCUCAGCUGUUGAAGGGGGAAGAAAAGAAAAGAAAAACAAAAGGGGAGCAUGCCUUCUAAUGCGAGAACCACUGCGGUCAAGAUUGAUUAUUCUGAAGUCUCUUAAACCCUCCCAUCUUUUGUCAGCAGGGUGUUGUACAGUAGCAUCGCCAGGAUGCGAAAUCAGGAUUUGUCUGGUACUGGUCUCUACAUAGCUUUUCAUGGUCCAAAGUAUUCUGUAUUUUGAGUGUUCGCUGGAUGAAUUGACCAGCGAGUGCCGUUGCCCACCAUGUACACAAUCGUGUAUAGAUAUAUUUUUAUUAUUUACUACUUCUAUUCAGUUAAAUGAGCAUGGGUUCCAAUAAACUCAAUACUGGUGAUUGUAAGUAUUGUGUUAAUUGAAUGCAGAGGCUUGUUCUUAAUGCUAUUAAGUGCCUGUAGUUAAGUACAUAAUUUGCAGUCCACCCCAAUACCUCCUCACUUUGCAUCAUCAAUGACCUGUUUGGGACACUCCCUUUUCCAAAAUUUCUCAAUUACAUUUAGUAUCUCAGAAAAACCAACACUCAAAACAUUAUUCGCUUACAGGUAUUGUCUACAAUAUUUUGUCAUCAUUUCACAUUAAGACCUCAGGCUGAUAAGUAUUGUUACAUCUUUAUUCAUUGUCAUUUUUGAUCUGAUAAGGUCAGAAAGUCUUAUUAGAAAUUUAAAAGAUGCCUGUAAAAUACAAAAAACCCUAUUCCCAAUAAAAACCAAAAGUCAGUUGUGAUACA